AUGUCCUCAGGCGUAGACUCUUCUGUUGCAGCUGCCCUACUCCUCCGUUCUGGCCAUCCCCGAGAGAAUCUUCAGCCGUUUUACAUGGCAAAUUGGUCACCGGCUGCUAAUCCGGUUUCGAUAGCGCCAGCUCGAUUACCUUACAACAAACCCCGUCAAGAGAGUUACGAUAAACAAGUACAAUAUGUCAGCCAAUCUGAGAAGUGCACAGAGAAAGAAUUCAACGACGUCAAAGCCGUGUGCUAUGCUAUGGGGCUAAAAGAGCCACUAUACAUGAGUUUUGAGAAGGAGUAUUGGAACGAGGUGUUUAUGCCAAUGAUCGAAAUGUAUCAACAAGGAAAGACGCCGAACCCCGAUGUUGAGUGUAAUCGGCAGAUCAAAUUUGGCACUGUUAUUAAAAGACUGGAAAAUGAGUUUGAAAGAGAUGUGACAAUCAAUGGAGGGGGUAGAAAAUGGUGGAUGGCUACUGGUCACUAUGCUCAUGUUUUAAAUCACAUCCCCACAAACAGCGCUCACCUUCUACGCUCUUGUGAUCCAAACAAAGACCAAACGUUUUAUCUUUCCAUGAUCCCCCCUUCUGCACUCCCCCGUCUCAUCUUUCCGCUUGGUUCUCAUACCCUCUCAAAGCCUGCCGUGAAAGCUUUGGCACGCGAACUUUCUCUUCCAGGUUGGCGUUCAGGGGAACCCGAACGUCCCGAAAGCAUGGGUCUCUGCUUCGUCGAGCCCGGGGGCGGAAGGGGUAAGAGCGGAUUCCGUCGGUGGCUACAAGAAUACUUGGAGCCCGAGCCUGGAAACAUUGUUGUUGGGCCAUCCCAAAUCUUCCCUCCAAAUCAAGGAAGUAAUAUCCAACCCCAUGCGGCUCCCGAAGGAAUGGUGAUUGGGAAACAUAAAGGUCUUUGGCAUGCUACUAUUGGUGAAAGGAGUCACUACGAAUUUCCGCAAGGGGAUCCAAGAUUUGUUGGGAAAUGGUAUGUUUCUAGGAAAUAUAAAGAAAGCAAUACUCUUGAAGUGGUAAAGGGCCUCGACAAUGCCAGGCUUUUCGGGAAGGGAAUGAUUAUGGAGGAUUGGAGAUGGCUAGGAGAAGACGCCCAAAGAUGGCCUGGUUACCCAGUUCAGACAUCGGCAAAAGCCUGUAAAGGUCAUAAAGGUGGAGAUAAUCGAAACCCGGAGCGAUCAGUAACACCUGGUCAAAGUGCAGCAUUGUGGUUCGGCGAACGAUGUCUAGGCGGCGGGAUUAUCGAGAGCGCAGUGGAUCUAGAUUGA